CAAAAAACGAUGGCGGAUUAUAAUAAACUAAACGACUCUUCGCAGCGAAGACGCUCCCCACGGCUGACUCCUUCCUUGGUAAAUACUGAAAACAACAUGGCGCAUGGCGUUAAUGUUCCAGUCAAGCGGUCCAUUACCGUCAGGAAAAUCGUGCCCAGGAAAACAGCUCCUGUCUCUGAGCACAAUAAAGAAAACACGCCGAGGCGACCAGAAGACCAACAGAAAAGACAAAAGAUUUCCACUCCAGGGCCUGUCCGGACGAGACCCCGGUCCUUAAGCGCCAAGAAGAAGGUCGUUGUGCCCUCCCCGAUCCUCCCACCAUCUACGCCGGUCCAGACUCGUCCCCAGCAGCCAGCCGAGGACACGAGCUACGCGGUGUGGUCGCAGAAAGUGCGUCGAUCCUACACCAGAAUCGGCGACAAAUCCUUCAAUAGCCCCGAAUCCCGAGAAACUCUUUUCGGCUUUGAGAUGCUGCAGACCCCCGAGGUGGGACAAAGAGUCGAGCAAGGCAAGGCGAGUCUGGAGGUUUCAAGUAUCUCAUCUGGCCCCAGCUCAUUCAUUUUGGACACCGAAGACUGCGUUCCAGAUCUCAACAUCCCCGGGGUGUCGUUGUUGAAGGAGAAGAAGAAGAGCCGCAGGAAGGUGCAGCAGAUUGACGUCACGGAGCUGGAGAUGCUUUCGGCCAAGAUGAACGCCGAGUUCCAGGAGGCUGAACAGUUUGAGUUGGUCGUCGAGUAAAAUAAAUGUGCAGACCGACAAACACUGAACAGAUUAAAUCUCUUGGGUAGUAGUGUUCAAAGACAGGCUACUGACUCUCUUUUUUUCAUAAUUUUCUACCUUUUUUCUGUUCCUGGUCAUAAGGGUUUGUUAUAUUAUGAUUUGUGACUCAGGGUUAAAUAUGUUAUUCCAGAAUUAUUUUUCUGUAAAUGGUUAGUUUCAUUUUUUUAAAGUCUUUUUGACUUUUAGUUCCCAUGUGUAAUAUUGCUCAGUAGAGUGUUCACGUUGAAUCAUAUCUGUUGAAACUCACGUCAACUGUUUUACUGGAGAGUUAAAUUCUUUAGACAGGUUUUAAGCACCUGUUCAUAAUGUAAUAUGGCCAUUAUCUCAAUGUAUUUGUUGUAUUCAUGUUCAAUUCUUAAAUAAAUAUUUCUGUUUCAUGUUA